AUGUCCACCACCACCACGAAGGAACGUCACUACGCUCACUUGGCAGCGCGGCUCAACGCGCUAAGCAACAAUUUGGCCAACACGCAUCACCAUAUUGGGGUGGCAGCGGAGCAAGCUGUCUAUCUUCGCAAACUCGGAGCUAGCCAAGGUGCCGUGUGAGUAAGCAAAGUCAGGCGGGCGAGCGCGAGUAGGGAAGGAGCGUCCAGGACGGACGGGUUACUUGAUCAGGUGUGCGACCGAAGCACGGAAGCGGGCAACAAGCCGGAGGAGGCCCUGGCAACGUGACCUUUAGGAUGUAUCAAAUGCGCUUUGCUGAUUAUCCGCGCGCUCGACAGCUUCAUGGCCGCUCUUGAUCAGGUCGAUAGAGAAGGAGCGGCGGGAUACGAUGAUUCUCAAGUCCAGGGCACUUCCGACGCCGAUGCGACAGCUCAGCGAAAGGCGUAG